GUGAAAAACGAGUAUUAAACUGGUUUGGAAAUUGUGAUGGCUGCUUUAAUAUAAGUGAAGUGAUACACUAUUAAGUGUAGAAGAGAUUUCUAAAUUUGUGUUAAUACUUUUAAGUUCAGAGAAUUAGUGCCUGACUAAGGUUCCGCAUCAAUGAUUUCAUUCUGACUGCUGGUUCAGAGUCAGAACUGGUUUAAUAAACAGUUUAUACCGGUGAAUAAAUUUGUUUACUCAAAUUUCUAAUUUAUUUUUAGGAUCUGAUAUGAAAUGAACAGAUAUAGUAAACAGUGAAUCAAAACAUUUAUAUUGGGCCUGUGACUUUCAAGACUAUGUGAUAGCUUGGACUAUUUUGCCUCACAACCAGUCAUACUUAUCAGUAAUAUAUACAUCAAAUAAAUCCGUUAUUGACUCGAAUAGAGUGGUCUAUCACAAUUAUUGUUACUGAUGAUCACCCAAUUUUUAAGUUGGGUAAAGUUAUGGACAAAACCAAAUACAAUGAAUCUCUCAGAAGUGAAAUGAGACCAGUGGGCUGCAGUGGACAGAGAGGCUGCCCCGCCCCAGUUCCCCGUGUACGGGUGGAGAGGGUGGAGGGCGGGCUCUUAGUGGCGGGGGUCCAGAUAGCUUCCACCUGUCAAGUGGCUCUUCCUGUCUCAGCCAUCAUAUUUUUAGUCAUCGGCUCGAUUAUCACAGUGAUCGCGUACCAAGGUCAGACACCAGAGGAGGACCAUGAAGCUUAUGUCCUGAGAGUGUCCAACAGUACGAACUCACGAGUGCUCGGACCUGUCUGCUUGGCCAUCGCUCUACUCAUGAUGCUUGCGGGCAUGCUUGUCUGUCUGCUUGUCAAGUAUGCUCACAGCAAGGAACAGAAGGUCUGUUUCCAUUGUCCUAUUCAUGGUGACUUCUUCCCCAUCAUCCCAGUGCCUGUCAGUGCAGUGACACGGCACAGGUCCAGACUGUUCCGCAGGCAGAGCUCUCCUGGAGCUCCACCAGAGCCUCCACAGUGCCCCUACAGUAACCUGCUCUCAGCUCGCAACUCUGUCUCCAGUGGAGGUUCCUGUCCUGUUCCGAAGCCUUUUGUAAUCAACAAUUCCCUAAAAUGCGUGGAGUAUUUUUGGCCAUUGACUGUGACCCAUGACAUUGCCAGUUUUCCUGCUUCUCGUACACCUUCUCCAACUCCCAUCAACACUAUUACAGAUUCAGAGAUCAGAGAUUCAAAGCCUAUGUUGUCUACUGCCCUUCCAGAAGUCACGUUGGUGGCCCCUGCUACAGUCACGCAACCUCAGGCGGAACAUUGAAUCUUGGACCACUUAUGGGCUGAACUGA